AAGUUAUUUCCCCUUAGUACCACGAGAAGGUAGGUAAAUUUCUUCCUGGUAAAAUUCCUCUUCAAACUGCCUGAUAAUUUCUUUGCUCUGCAGAAAACAUUUAUGUGAACUUCAAAAGAAGCAAGAAAACAUGGAUAUCCUAACCCAAACAUACAGAGUCAUAUGUGCAGUUUGUCCAUUCAGUAUGUAAGAGAGACAACAUUUAGGGGUCUCUGUUGAGAAUGACAGAAUCUGGUGAAGAUGUGGUCCAGUCAAUAGAUGCUGAGGCAGACACUGUAGACAGUUCUCAGUUGAGAAUGACAGAGUCUCGUAAAGAUGUGGUCCAGUCAGUAGAUGCUGAGGCAGACACUGUAGACAGUUCUCAGUUGAGAAUGACAGAGUCUCGUAAAGAUGUGGUCCAGUCAAUAGAUGCCGAGGCAGACACUGAAGACAGUUCUCAGUUGAGAAUGACAGAAACUUGUAAAGAUGUGGUCCAGUCAAUAGAUGCCGAGGCAGACACUGUAGACAGUUCUCAGUUGAGAAUGACAGAAUCUUGUAAAGAUGUGAUCCAGUCAGGAGAUGAGGCAGACAAGGAUCCAUCUCAAAAUAUUCUGACAGAUUUACAGUCAAUAUCUAGUUCUAAGACAGAAUUUGAAGGGAGAAGUACACAUAUUCUGUCGAUUGAAGCUCAACCAAUACUACCAGAGGAAGACAACCGAUUACAGGCAGCCUUUAAUAUCCUCUAUACUGUACCCAGGGCUAUUGAAGACUUCAUAGACCGGGAAUACAAAGGUGGUUUUGUCCAGUCUAUCCGUGUUCAUAAAGAUCAGCUGAAGGCCAAACUCAGAACAGAGGAAUGGGAUUUACUCAGCCAAAUAAUAGCUCACAACCGAUUGUACCAUUUCUAUGAUAAGAUAAUACAAGACACCAUUCUAGAUAAGGACGUCCUUGAUCUAUUGAUUUCCAAAUGUAUCUUUAGGAUUGAAGAUAGAGCAGAAAUAGAACAACAUCCAAAGCCAUCUGACCGCAACAAAUGUAUUUUAGACCUUCUUAUUCAAAGACCACAAGAUUCCUACAGUGUAUUAUUAGAGGUCCUAAAAGAGUCUCCUACUUGUUCUACAGACCUGAUAGAAUGUAUGGAAGGCCAACAACUUUCCCAUUAUGAAGAUGUUUCACAUUCCAAAGUUAAAUCAAGUAUUACAGGGAACCAUUCAGUCAGGUUACAAAAGAACUACUACAAUCUGAUUCAGAAUUUAUCUGAUGUAAGAAAUGUCAUUGAUUCAUUAAUAUCAAAGGGAGUUUUAGAACCUGAUGACCAUGCAGAUAUAGCUUCCAGUGGAGUGUCAGCUGAAAUGAAUAGAAAACUAAUAGCUAAGAUCAGAAGUGAACAAGAUUAUCUGUUAUUUCUGGAGGCUCUCAAGGAGGACCCUCUCUCAGCUAACACAGAACUGGCUUCUGACUUGGAAUCAACUGACAUUAACCAAGAUGAAUUAAAUCAAACAGUACCUACACUAACAACCAGACCAGGAUUCCAGGCACUGGUUACAUUAAUGUCUAUGGUUAAAGCUGUGCAGAUUCCAAAUACAGAACCAGAGAGCCAUGAUACCAGUUUAGCAGCAGACUUAUAUAGACUGCAGUACUGGUAUAAAGAGAUCAUUAAAAUGUCAUCAAUGGAUUUAGAUAAAUAUCACCAAUUUGUUCAAACAGUGAAAGUAGUAUUGGGAAGAAUCAGUGGAGAGAAUGAUCCUGUUGUUAAAGAAACCACAAUGAGCACUGUGAUGCAACAACAGGUUAAAAAGAUUCUUUAUGGUUUAAAAGAAAAAGAAGAAAAUUCAAGUCUUAAAGAGAAAAUAAUGAAAAUAGAAGCUGAGCAGAAAGAAGUUAUUCCAAAGAAUAUUAGAGAUCAGAUACAAUCACAAAUAGAAGACUGGGAAAAGAAAGAUGAGAUGUUUGUAUCUACCAGAGCCAGUGAUUACGUCAUAGAAUGUUUACAGGACAACAGUUGUUUGACUCUAACUGCCCCAUCAGGAGUUGGGAAAUCAUUUAUUGCAAGACACACAGCACUUCUUUUAAAGAAGGAAGGAUUCAAAAUAAUACCAGUGAGAAAACCAGAUCAUAUCGAAGAUUAUUAUCAGCCUGGUAAAAAGACAGUCUUCAUUGUCGAUGAUAUUUGUGGAAAUUUCACUGCUAACCAACAACAGAUUGAUACCUGGAAACAAUUGUUACCUGUGAUUAAAACAAUUAUUGCAGACAAAUGUUGUAAGAUUAUUGUAUCGUGUAGAUUACAAGUCUAUAAAGAUGAAAAGUUUAAUAUAUUAUUACCUUUUAAAUCUUGUGAAUGUAACUUAAUAUCAGAUAAGUUAGGUCUUACGUCUGUUGAGAAAACAAACAUAGCAAAAACCUAUAUUGGUACAAGCAUGAAAGAUAUUGAUGAUUUAUCACAAAACUGUCAUUUUUUUCCACUGUUGUGUAGUUUAUAUCAUGAAAAAAAAGAUGUAGAUGUAAAAGAAUUUUUCAAAAAUCCUUUUGCUGUCUAUAAAAAUGAGCUAGACAAGUUAAAUGAGCACGGUGAUGAAGGGAAAUAUAGAAUAUGUAGUCUUGCUUUAUGCGUUCUCUUAAAUAAUCACCUAGAAGAAAAAUGGUUCCUGGGUAAAGUAACAAAGAGGCAAAAACUGGUCAUAAAAGACACAUAUAAUGCUUGUGGAUUGGACAGACGAAUAUCCAAGGCAAAACUGCAACAUGCCCUUGACACCCUAGAUGGUACAUUCAUAUGUAAAAAGGAUGGUGUUUAUAGAACUGUACAUGAUAAACUAUUUGACUUCCUUGCUCAUUACUUUGGCCAGAAAAUGAUUGAAUGUUUAAUAGAUCAUGGUGAUAGUGAUUUAGUAUAUGAACGUUUUAUUUGGCAGAAGUCACCAGAUGAACAGAAAGGUAACAUAGACUUCAUUAUAGAAAUACCAGAUGAUUAUUUAGAAUCAUAUUUAGAAAGGUUUAUAAAGGACUGGUCAGCAGGAAAGGUGAGAGUUAUAUUCAUGAACAACAAUUUGACAGUAUCAUCAUUUAGACAACAGUUAUUACAGCACUUAAAACAACUGGAUAAAACAGAACAAGUAACAUUAGCCAGUACCAAGGAUAUAGUGAUACCAAAGGAGGAGUGUGGAUCAGGUAAUACUCCACUGAUACAUACUUGUUAUACUGGUUAUACUGAUAUGUUACAGUGGAUGUUACAUAAUGAUGUGGAUGUUGAUCAAUGUAGAGAUGAUGGGGUUACUGGACUGUUAAUGGCAAGUUGGAAUGGACAUACUGAUAUAGUAAAGUUACUGUUAGAGAGGAAUCCCAAUGUUGAUCUAUGUGACAAGGAUGGCUGGAGUCCUCUGUACAUGGCAAGUCAGAAUGGACAUACUGAUAUAGUAAAGUUACUGUUAGAGAGGAAUCCCAAUGUUGAUCUAUGUGACAAGAAUGGCUGUAGUCCUCUGUUACUGGCAAGUCAGAAUGGACAUACUGAUAUAGUAAAGUUACUGUUAGAGAGGAAUCCCAAUGUUGAUCUAUGUGACAAGAAUGGCUGUAGUCCUCUGUUACAGGCAAGUCAGAAUGGACAUACUGAUAUAGUAAAGUUACUGUUAGAGAGGAAUCCCAAUGUUGAUCUAUGUGACAAGAAUGGCUGGAGUCCUCUGUACAUCGCAAGUCAGGAAGGACAUACUGAUAUAGUAAAGUUACUGUUAGAGAAGGAUCCCAAUGUUGAUCUAUGUGACAAUGAAGGCUGUAGUCCUCUGUUACAGGCAAGUCAGAAUGGACAUACUGAUAUAGUAAAGUUACUGUUAGAGAAGGAUCCCAAUGUUGAUCUAUGUGACUAUGAUGGCUGGAGUCCUCUGUACAUGGCAAGUCGGGAUAGACAUACUGAUAUAGUAAAGUUACUGUUAGAGAAAAAUCCAAAUGUUGAUCUAUGUGACAAUGAUGGCUGUAGUCCUCUGUACAAGGCAAGUCAGAAAGGACAUUCUGAUAUAGCAAAGCUACUUUUAGAAAAUAAUUCUUAUGUUGAUCUAAGUGACAAUAAUGGCUGGAGUCCUCUGUACAUAGCAAGUCAGAAUGGACAUACAGAUAUAGUAAGGUUACUGUUAGCGAACAAUCCUAAUGUUAAUCUAUGUGACAAGGAUAGCGGGAGUCCUCUUUACUGGUCAAGUCGGAAUGGACAUAUUGAUAUAGUAAGGUUACUGUUGGAGAAGAAUUCCUACGUUGAUCUAUGCGACAGUGAUGGCUGUAGUCCUCUGUACAUGGCAAGUAAGAAUGGACAUUCUGAUAUAGCACAGCUACUUUUAGAAAAUAAUUCUUAUGUUGAUCUAUGUGACAAUAAUGGCUUUACACCACUGAUUAGGGCUUGUAUCCAUAACUAUAUCAGUGUAGUACAUCUAUUAGUUAAAUAUAGCCCAAACAUUGAUGCACAGACCUUUGAUGGUGGUAGUGCUUUAUAUUUCAGUGUUUACAGUGGAAACCUAGAUAUAACACAGUUUCUGCUAGAGAACAAUGCUGACUGUAAUAUAUAUGGCCCUAGUAAACAGUCUAUAAUACAUACAAUAAAAAAUGAUCCAACAAAAACAUUAGAUACAUAUAAACAGGAUUGGUUUGAUAGUCUCAUCAAGAAUGCAUUACCACGUGUAGCAGAUUUUGUCAGUAAGAAGUCAACAGAUUAUGUAUUUGAUGUAGAAGCUGGUGCUUCUGUAUUACACAUAGCCUGUUUCAUGGGUAGGAUAGAUGUAGUCCGUCGUCUUUUGGACCACAAUGCUGACUUCAACAUGACAAAAGAAGAUGGCACCACACCAUUAUUUUUUGCAUGUGAAGUAGGACACGAGGAUAUUGUACGUUUAUUGUUAGAUAAAGGAGCAGAUACACAGAUAUGUAGACUUGAUGGGGAAUCCCCUUUAAGCAUUGCAACAGAUAAUGGACAUACAUCUAUAGUAAUGAUGUUAACAGAACACAUGAAGAAGGACAAACUUUCUUCUUAACUCUUGUUCUUUUGUCAGUGGUUCUUUAUGACAUGUAAAAAAAACCUGCAAUGUUUUCUUUUAAACUCUUUAUUCUUUAGUCAGUGGUUUGUUAUGACAUGUAACUAUCAUGCAGCAGAUGAGAAAAAAAACAUCUACUUUAUUUUCUUGUUUAUUGGUGUUUGUUUAAUAUGUUUAAUAUCUACUGCUAUUCAUUCCAUUACUUUCUCUUCGUUUCUAAUUUAGCUUCAUAUUACACGAAUAUUUCUAAAUUUUAUGACCAGGAAUAGAAGAAACAUUUAAGAUUUAAAUGCAGUAGAAUCAUUAUGUUGAUGCCAAUAAAUAAAACUGUACCACACUUAGUAAACAUUGUAAUUCUAUCAUUACUUAGUUGUUUUCGAUUACUUCUUUCUGCUUGAUAAAUCAGGUCAUCAGUUUUGUCUUUAAUAUUUGAUUUUUAAGCUUAACAUUCCAUAUUGUACUGAAUGUAUGACUACUUUACCAUGAACACAAAUAUACCAUAUUAUGUUUAUUGUUAUGUUAUUAUUGAUAUUUCAUCUGUUGUGUUGUUGGAUUACUGUCUAAAUGCUAAAUGUAGUAGGUAUUUUUUUAUAAUGUCAUUUUAUGAUUUGUUUCUUUUUAGUACAUUGAUUCCUGUUGGUUUUUUUACUGUACAUUGAUUACAUAAUAUUCAUUUACAGACUUUAUAAUUUAGAUAUUCUGCCAUACAGGAAAUAUCAAUUCAAUUUGUUAAACUAAAUUUUUUUUUAUUUGCAAAUAUUUAAAAUGAAAUGGUUAUUGAAUUUUUAAUAUGAUUUCAAAGUUGUUCAUUUGUCAAUGCUAUAAUUACUAUCUGUGUUUUUAAAGAUGUGUAUUUUAAAGACAUAUUUUACAUAUUUUUGUGUCUUCUUUAAUUUGUUCUCCCUGUGUUCAACAUGUUGUAAAUCAUAUAUUUUUUAUAUCAUUUGUGUCUUAUAUUUGCAGGACAAUUUUCAAAAACUAAUUUAAAGAUAUUAAAUAACCAUUCAACCCUAAGAAAAUAUAAUUAUUUUAAAUUUUAAGUCUUAUUCAAUUGUGACAGUGACAGAAUGUUUUACUUGUUUUGUUAUAAAUCCUUAUCAAAGUACAAAUACAUAUUUUUUUUAAUCUCACUUGGCCUAAGUUUAAAAGCAAUAUUAGAUUGUGUCAUCACUCUGGGUCCAUUGUCUCUUUUCUGCUUUUUAACUUUUUAAAGAAUGAUAUAAAAAAAUUGAUUUUAGACUCGAGGCACAAUGCAUUGACUAAAUAUGACUUACUUGUGUUGUCAUAUAUUAAGAUGUCUGUCUUAACUCUUUUGGAGUUAUGUAACUACAGAAUUUGAAUUAUUUUUAUUUUUUUUAAUAUACAGAACAGUUUUCUUAUGUCUAGUUAGGGAGAAAAAAUUUUAAAUUGGCAUUUUGUAGUAGUUCCCAUAUACGUAUUUCUACAUGGCAACCUUAUCCAUUUUUGGAGUAAUCUCCUCUGUAGCACACUAUUUUAAAGUGGCAGCUUUUUUAAUCUCCUCUGUAGCACAUUAUUUUAAAGUACUGUAAAUUCAGAAAUUAUUGCGAUGUUUUUAUUAUUGCGAAAAAUGCGACAGGGUUAUAAUCGCAAUAAUUUAAACUCGCAUUUUGAAAUUUUUUAUACGAAUUAAACAGGAUUUUUCUCAAUAUCGCAAAAAUUAAAAUCGCAUUUUAGUCAAAAAUGACAAAAUCGCAAUAAUAAAUGCACGCAAUAAUUUCUGAAUUUACAGUAGCAGGUUUUAAUAUUUCAGAGAGAUUCCUCUGUAGGAAAUUAUUUUCAUUAUGACAGGUACAACUAUUAUGAGAAUCGCCCCUGUAGGAAAUUAGUUUUCAAAAUCAUAGCUUUUAAUAUUUUUUGAGAAACUCCUUAUACCUUAACAUUGAUAUAUUCAUUAAAAUGUUUCUUUAAUUUCAUUUGGACACCAAUGUUUUUAAUUUUAGGACCUUACUCUGUACUAUCAAGUAUUACCCAAUAACUAUGGGGUUAUAACCCUUAAAAAACUUAGGGUCUCUAUAAGAUUAGUUUAGGUACAUAUGUAGACCAUAUAAAGUUAAGAGUUGUCAUGUGAGCAACUCAGGCUCUGGAGCUUAUAGAUGAAUUCCUAGUACAGUAAUCACACAAUCAAUUUACAACUAUUGUGAUCAAUGGAUUCUGAAAGUUUUAUGUAAUGAUUAUGUAUGAAUUUAGAACUUUCAGUGAAAAUAUAUACUGAUUGUUACUAUUUUGCUUUGUUUUGAAUGAUAUAUUGUUUAUAUUGUAAUAUAAAAAUUUUUGUUGAUAUGAUUAUUAAUAAAAGAUCAUUAGAAUGAAA